AUGGAACUACGCGAGAACCCAUGGUCUCUCUCUCUCUCUCUCUCUCUCUCUCUCUCUCUCUCUCUCUCUCUCUCUCUCUCCCUCCCUCCCUCCCUUCCUCUCUCUCUCUCUCGCGCGCGCUAACACGUAGUUUUCUCCUGUGGAGGUCGCAGUCGAAGUGAUUGUUGAGUCUGGGAGGAAAAGGCCAGAAUAGAGGCGUCGACGGUCGCCGAAAUCACCAUCUCGACAGCUGCCUCCACGAUAGCCUGAAGAGUUGAGAUAGCCGCACCAAGAGCAGGUCUCCCGUUGAUGUUUACAAUUCCUGGGAUAUGAUUAGGUAUUUCUCGGCCGUAUCGAUCAGAUGAUCGUCCGGCAGGAGAUUCCAUCCCCGUCAAUUUGAUGACGAAGAAAGAUUAAUGAUUAUUCCUCUCUCUCUCUCUGUCUCCCUCCCUCCAUCCCUCCCUCCCUCCUGGGUGGAGAAAUAAUUCUUGUUAAUGAUUCAGAUACUUUCUUCUCUAUUAACUCGUACAGCAGCCUCCUCCCCAUACUCCACUCACGAUUAGGAUGAAGAUACUCUCACACACACACACACUGUCCCCCCUCGUAUAAUUUUACAGUUUUAUGAUCCCUCUCUCUCUAUCUAAAAGAGACAAAAAUUCAUUCUUUUCAUCGACCCUCCCCCUGUAUCAACGAUGGUAAACCCCUCUCUCUCUCUCUCUCUCUCUCUCUCUCUCUCUCUCUCUCUCUCUCCCCCUCCUGUGUGGAGAAAUAAUCCUUGUUUGUAGUAAAACACCCCUAAAACGAUUCAGAUACUCUCUCUCCUCUAUUAACUCGCACGGCGGCCUCCUCCCUCACUCCCCUCACAAUUUGGAGGAAGAUAAUCUCUCUCUCACACACACACACUGUUCCCCCUCGUAUAAUUUUACAGUUUUAUGAUCCCUCUCUCUCUAUCUAGAGAGACAAAAAAUUUCAACGACCCCUCUCCCUAUAUCAACGACGAUACCUCUCUCUCUCUCUCUCUCUCUCUCUCUCUCUCUCUGGGGGAGGAAGGGAGAAGGUACAUUGAACCAUGGUCAGGGGGGGGGGCAGAUGAGAAGAAGCCAACAGAUGGGUGGGGGUGGGGAAGAGGAAAUAUUCGGCGACUGGAAGAAAACAAAGGACGAACGUGAUCAACGAUAGAGGGAGGAAGGCGGGUCGUCAAUCCUCGUUGUUUUUCCUCACCUUCUUGAUGGCGGUCGUUCCGUCAAUUACUGCCCCUCGCCAUCACAGCAAGAGCGACCGCCACGAUCACGGCGUGCUGUCAUCAUACGCAUUUUUCUAUGGUCCAUCUACCUUCAUUCCCUUGUUUCCGUUUUAGAGAAAGAGAGUAGAAAGAAGCCUUCUUUGUCAAGGCGAUAGCUUUCAUGCAAAUCCAAGUUCCGACGAGGAAUACUUAAAUGCCCACUUAGAAGUAUGGCCGUCCGUUUAAAUGUUUACUUUGAGUAACACGAGAAGAGAGAGAGAGAGAGAGAGAGAGAGAGAGAGAUGUUUACGUCAUUUUUGCAAGUACUCGUGUUCUGUACCGUCCACUCAGUCAAAGCCCACGUUAGCUCAUGGAAUCACGUACAGAGAGAGAGAGAGAGAGAGAGAGUUUACCUCAUUUUUUAUGAACUCUGUGUUUUUGCACCGUCCAUUAAGUCAAGCCCUCCUUGGACGAUGGAAAUAUGUACGGUUUAUUAUAUAUAAAUCCGUGUAGAGAGAGAGAGAGAGAGAGAACACUAAUACCCAACUCGCGAAGAUGCAUUGUAGAUUUCCGGGCCCCCACGGGAGCAUCCACCUCCAAGUCAGAGAGCAGGGUGUGAGUUACGCCCCCCGGUUUGAGAUGCACGACUUCUAACCCAGAGUAGUUUAGUCAACUCAGCAACACGCCCGCCAAUUCAGAAAGCCUCACCCUAACCCCUACGUCUGUAUGGAAUACAGCAGCUGCGCCUUUUUGUGAGUAGAUACGCGAGCGAGCUCUAACAAGGAGACGACUAAAGUCCACUUGGUUGACCUAGAAAAUUUCCCGAUUAAGGGUGGGUGGGCUUUGGCCUCACCAGAGGCAGUUCAUACGACUCCUACUUCUCAGGCACAGGCGAAUUCAACCUUGCUUGCUGCGAAAUAUGCCCUACCAUAGAUGGUAACCCAGCGGUUGAGUCUGUGGGAAAAGUGUGGAAUAUCCCAAUUUACUACUGCUGUAGAUAAAUGGGUUUUACAUGGUCAAACUAGUCUCAUCGGGGAAUAUUCCUAUUAAUGGAAAGAUAGCCAUAAUGAGCCCGGUCAACUGAGAAGUAUCCCCAUAAUGAGUGCCUCUAGAGGUCUGAGGGUGGGGAUGUUCAUUAGUCAACCUAUGACAGUUGCAAGCAGAUAAAUGUGGGGGAUAGUAUAAAUGGUAAUUAAACGAGCUAAUCGUUAAUAUUAUAUAUAUAUAGAUAGAGAGAGAGAGAGAGAGAGAGAUGGGGCCAAUGAAAUGAGCUGAUUUUUGCAUGUAUUUUAAAAAAUAUAUGGAAAUUAUAAUGUAUGUCAUAAUAAGGCAUUGUAUUUUCAUUUAUUUUCAUUUAUUUGAGAUCCAUUUUUAUCAUUGGUAGUAUCGAGUGAGCUCGCAUGGCAGAGAGAGUGUUGCCGCCAGAUAAAGUCAGCAAUUUUUUUCAUUAAAUUAUUUCUUAGGUACUUAAUAUUUUUUAUUCAUAUAUGUAUAUUAAUGCAGAUGUAGAUAAGCAUGUGUCCGCGCUUCGUGAAGUUUCCAAAUCACGUGACUUUCUGCAACCGACCAACGAGAGUGCAUGAAAAUCCGGCGCCCACGUGAUCAGACAUGUUUUGUUUUAAAAAACAAUUUUCCAACCCACUCACUAAAUCCUUUCCACGCUGAAUAUAAUUUUUUGUUUCACAAAAUAAAUUAUGUUCCAUCACGUGACUCCCCCCACGUGUGAAGACAAUCGGGAAGUCCAGAGAAGCCAGAGGGUCCCACGCGGGAUGAUGCCUGGUGAUGACACAUGGCACGCCUUGCAGAAGCUUUUUAGCCCGGCCCGGAAGUUCCUGGCCCGCAGACAUCGGUAGGAUCUGGGCCCGAAAGCCCUUAAUCUUGUCCCGUCAUCAUCUCGACCAAAGUCCCUAUCUUAGACCCCAUCACCACUUUUUUGGAUUCGGGCCUAAAGUCGGGCCCGCUGGCUUCUGUACAAUUUGGCCCGAAAGCCCGUAAUCUCUUUCUUGUAUGCAGAUGAGGGCUUACCCCCAACUUGAUUCUAUCACCCCAGGUGGACCAAAGACCCCAUCUUUGGCAUCGGCCGAGCUCUUUUGCCUAGAAAUAAACCCCACACACAACUAUCCGAUCAAUCCCAUGCCCCCUAAUCUACACACAUCUCUCUCUCUCUCUCGGGUAGGUGCAUAUGCAGGCAGGCAUGGCCUGAGCAUAGAGAGAGAGAGAGAGAGAGAGAGAGAGAGAGAGAGAGAGAGAGAGAGGGAUUCCUACGCAAUCACUAACCCAGACUCAGUACGGGCCGGUGCAGUGAUAUCUAUCUAUGCUAUUUAAGGGGCUCGAUUCCGAGGUCCAAGCCAUUGCGGUCCAUGAACAGGUUCAGAAUCCUAUCCCAAUAUGGCAUAUCGCAAGGCCAAUAGAAAGCCCCUACAAGGCGAAAGGGGAAAAUACGAACAAUGUCUACUGAUUUUUCUUCAACUUUGAAGCAGGAGGAAGGGUAGAAGAAGAAGAAGAAGAAGCUGAUGAAGCAGCGAUGGCCCCACCGGAAGUUCUGAUGAUGAAGAGAGUAGUCUCAAGUAGCAUACCGCAGACCAAUCCGAGGAUGCCCCCAGCAGCGUUCUGCAAUGCCAAGCCCAAUAUUUUCAUUAGACCCGGUUUUUGGCUUGGGCUUAAGGAAGGGGAGCCCGGAAUCAGGCCCAAAAGGCCCAUUAACACCCUCUCUGGGAGCUCUACUGGGUCGGGAAUCGAAUGGAGCGGGAAGAGUUUAGGACUUACCAUAACAGCGCUGUGGUUAAACAAGGCUCUGAAUGCGGCGAACCCAACCAGAUAUCCGGUGAACAUAAUCAGCACCACAUGGAGACCUGCAAACCAGAACCCUGUCUUUGAGAUUUUUUUUUUUCUUCUUUUCUUUUUCUUUCCCAUUUAAGAAACUCAUCGGCAACCAGAAAACCCACGAUUCAAGCAGAAAUAAAUCUGAACAGAAAUAACACUGAUGAGCAGUUUCUGUUCAGUAGAUCAAAGAGGAUAAUGUAAUUAACUGUUAAGUUCUUGGAUUUCUAAUUAAAUGUAAUAUGGGUUUCUAAUUUACUAUACACCUAGCCUAGUUUUCGUUGACCAUGGAGAAACCCAGUCAGGAGAGUCAAUGUCUGACUUUCCCUUCUUCAUCAGUUGACUUUCCCCCAGGGAGCAAGAAACUCUAUGGGUUUGACCGGCAGAACAAGAACAUGAGCCAUAUACGUUUAAUUCACCACAGAACACUCACCACUUCCUACAGCGUUCCUAUAGGUUAAAGUUUCAGUCGUCCUGGGUAGUAGAAAUUUCGGCAUGAUGAAGAUGUCGAAGUCAGCUUGCUGGUUCACUAUUCUCAUCCUCAAGAGCAAAAAUCUAGGCAGGUCUUAAUUUCUCUCUCCUGAGUUUAUACAGCAUGAGAUUAAUGUAUAGGAGAAACUUUCAGUCACGCUCUCAUCAGAAAAAAAAAAGCAACCAAGAAAAGGUACUCAGGCGUCCAGUGAUUCAUAUGAAUUAAUAUAAGAAAACUUGAUAACCACCUCUUUAAAGUCUUACAAGUCAUUUUUUUAUCAAUUUUGGUGUCAGAAAGUAAGACCAAAGUCAACUACCCACUUCAAAGGAUAAAUCUACAACCGCAUAUAGGGUACAAGUCCAAAUCACUGAUAUAGGAGAUGUGUGUGUGUGUGUGUGUGUGUGUGUGUGUGUGUGUGUGUGUGUGUGUGUGUGUGUGUGUGUACAUAUAUGCAGAUAGACAGAUAGAUGGAUAACUCAGAAGAAGAAGAUGUGCCUCUUCAGUAGCGCCAAGAAAAACUCUGAAACAAAUUUAAUGACGAGAAAAUAUCAAUAAUAGCAGGAAAAUGAUGACAUUUACCAAACCCCAGCUGGUCCUUGUACGAGGAGAAAGGUUCAGAAGGUUCUUCCUUUGGCACGAUAUCUUUGACGAGUUCUCGGUAUGCCUUCCUCUCUCCCAUUUCUCCCAAAUUCCUCAGCCUUUCCUUCAAUUCCUCACUCUGCUCAUUCCAUGUGGUUAGUUAUGACUAUUAGUCAGUGAACAAAGCCCAAAAUGCUAAAGCAUCAUAAGCUAUGGGAUUAUUUGUUUCUCAGAUAUUCGUACCUUCUCCCGGGGCUUGGGGCUCUGAAGAACAAAUUCAGAGCUGGAGAUGAGAUGGCGAAGCGGUGGCCUCGUUGAUGGUAAUGAAUUCAACCAUAUAGUUCUGAGUGAUCUGUAGGAGAUGGAAUUCUGUAAAGAUAGUACAGAAGCGAGCUCCUGAAGAUCAGCGGAGAGAUUGGGCUCUUUAGCUGCAGAGAGGAGGAAGGAGCUGAUGUGCUUGUUCAUGGCUAUGACAAGGCCAGAGUCCAUCUUGCACUGGUCUGCUUCAACAGACUUCUUUACCUCCUUUCAGGCAUCUACUGAUAGAUUCCUUCAUAAAAAUGAUAUUAUUUCAACGAUAUCUUAAUGAUCCAAAUUUCUGAAUGGGAAAAAUAUCAACACGUACUAUAAGUCACCAUUUACGUACUUGAGAAUAUUCCUUGUACAGAGAAACCACGUCAAAUGCAUCCGUGCUACCACAGUCAAAUGCAAACGCUGGAAUCCACUUUGCAUGUUUGAUUGCAUCCUUACGUUAAAUAUGUUUCAGAUAUUGUAUUUUAUUCAAAAAAAAUCACCUGAUGUUUAUAUUUUUAGUAAAAUUAAAUAAAUUAAGCCGGGUUGCUUGCACAAACUCUUUGGUGUUUUGGCAUGCCAAGCAAGCACAUGUGAACCACAGAGCAAACGUCAAGCUAAUUAGUCCCGUGGUUAUCAAAUGUAGCAUACAGUGGAUUAAGGAAUUGGAAGAACUAAUAAGAUUACACAGCCACUAUUUCUUUCAAAUCAGAGAAAUAAAUGGAGACCCAAUGGUUAAUAAGAGAUGAUCAACCCUAAAAUUAUUAAAGCAGUCGUUCACGAUAAGGUUACCCAAUUUUUCUCUAAACGCAGAUGAUUUUCAAUCAGCAGGUGAUAAUGAGAUUCUGUAUGGUAGAAAACAAAAGGUUGCUACAAUUAUUUACAUUACGUCAGUUUCGCAUAUUUAUGUACCAGAAAAUAGUGCUUCCUGACGCCUACUUAGAAUGAGAAAUUUUAGCAAUGGAAGCAAAAACCUAAAUACGGAUCAGGAGGGAGAACCGCGUGAAUGCCGGAGGAGAUGAGCGGGUUGGAGCGGAUCUGAGGAGGAGGUACUCACUUGGAUCUGGUGGGGAGCAUCUUCCGCCGGCGACUCUGUUAGGGCUUCAAUGGAGGCGCCCCGGCGGCGGGCCGAGAGCAGACCGGAGGACUGGGAAGACCCAAAGCGUGAUCUUGGAGAUCCUCGAAGGGAAAGGAAGCAGCGCCGCCGGGGGGGACCUUCCGAGGAAGAACCAGAGAAGAACCGAGCGGAGGGAGACCAGUCCAAGGGGAUGAUAAUAUCUACUGGAUCCUCAGCCGGCGGCCUCCAACCUCCUCCUUUCUCUCUCUCUCUCUGCCUCUCUACGUCAGUAGUACCCACCACGAGGGACAGCCGGGGGAGUAAGGGAGUGGCACCGCCCGCUCUCUCUCUCUCUCUCUCUCUCUCUCUCUCUCUCUUCGCUGUGUCUUUCUCGGUUGCUCGCUCGCACGUCUUUUUCUUUCAAAAAAUGGAACAGGGAGGAAGGGAGAGAGAGAGAGAGAGAAUGGUUGAAGGAGAGAGAAGGAAGAAAGUUACAGAGGGACACGGCGCUUUAGGCAGAAAAGUCGGAGAAGUGAACGGCGACUGACCGGCCCGCCAUGACCGCCCCCCGUAGGAGGCCUUCCUCCCAAGGACAGGUCCGCUGCCAGCUGAAGAUCGUCCGGCUGGGAUUCAAUCUCCUCUUCCUGGUCCGUUGACCGGUCUCAACUCUCCUCGGCCGGCUCAAAUUAGAGGGCCUGUGAUCUGUCAUCUGGCCCAGAACGGCUUGUAACUUUAAGAGCUUGUAUUAUGAGUUCUCCGAUUCAAGGAGUAUAUUCUUCAUAAUUAUGUCUCUGAGAAAAAGGAAAAUUUAAAUAAAUAUUCAGAAUCAAAGGCUGAAAUUCAAGAUUGAGUUUUCCUUGUAAAGCGUUUGUAACAUUUGAAUUUCAGCCUUUGAUUCUGAAUAUUUAUUUAAAUUUUCCUUUUUCUCAGAGACAUAAUUAUGAAGAAUAUACUCCUUGAAUCGGAGAACUCCUAAUACAAGCUCUUAAAGUUACAAGCACCAAGAAGAUGUACAAAUAUGGCGACUGGAAACUGUCGAAAGAAGGAAAAAAUUUAACAUGCAGACGAUGAAGGUGGGUUUACAACGAAGGAUUAUACAUCCUACCAGAAUUCAAGUCCAUAAUCUUCUACCUGGCUUGUUCGGCGCCUUUGCCGCGAUCUCCCUUCAUCUAUAUCGCCUAGACUAACAGCUACCGAUGAGAGAACUCCGUUGAAUCGAAGGAAUUGAAAGACGUAUAAAUGGCAAAAACACUCCGAGGCAUGCAGUCAGGAACACCCAUUCAUACGGGAUUUACUAUGGACGAUAGAUCAAAAAAAUUUGACAGCCUAAGAUGUGAAACACACAGACUACCAGAUAAACCUUCAGAUCAUCGGUCCUUGAUAUACAUAGGCCGAUAAAAUACACCCGAAACAGUAAAUAAUAGCAUUAAUAAAGAAUGACGGCGUGGUUUCAGAGAGUGCGUACGGCAUGGAAAGCGGUAAUCGCAGUAGAGAAGAUGAGCGGGAAGCCUCUCGUGGCAGGGAACGUAGAGAUCACGGCGGCGUUCGCAGAGGAGUAGAUCGCAACCGGAGGAGGUGUGAGAUGAGCAGCCGCCCGCGGCCGUCGCGGAUAGCCUCGGCGACCGGAGAGAAUCGGAGGUUCAACACCCGACGGCGGAGGACCCCGGCCAGCGGAAUCGGCCGAGUUUUCGGAUCGGUCUGACCCGUUAUCCAAUUCCAGUUUCGGACGCUUCCGGCUUUGUCACUCGACCUAAGACGCUCGAUCUUAAUCCAACGGUUGAACAUUGCUACACUUUAACUGAUGUCACUCUUGUUAUUUUAAGCCUUUUACGUGCAGCUUAACCAACUUUUAUUUAAUUAUUAUAUUAAUAAAAUAAAUAUGUUUCUUCGUUUUCCUUAAAUAUCUCAAAUAUUCACGCUAGAAACCAUAUUAUUUCUCAAAACUUUAAGCCAUAUAUAAAAAAAAUUGCAUUGCUCGAGCUCACCUCGACUAAAAGGUGAUAUGUUUUUGGGCUUUUCUCUGUCUUCCACUAAAACUAUUUUAUUAAUCUAUUGACGACCUAAUUGACAAUAUAUAUAUAUAUUGGUGUAAAUACUUUCCAUCUCAUAUGAUCUAUUUUUAAAGUAUUUAUUAUAAUUUUAAUUUCAUUUUUUUACUUACACCACAAAUAUUACCUAUGUAAGCAUAAAUCAAUAUUUUUAUUUUAUGCAAUUAAAGGGAGACCCUUAUUGUCAUAUCACUACAUUCGAUGGUUCACAUGCUUUAAACUUUGACAUAAUAUCACUAAAUUAUAUUUAUUAUAUACAUCAUAUUUGAUUAGUUUAGAUACGUUCCAUCUCAUAUUGUCUAUCUUUGCAUCCAAUUGAAUAUUUCAUAAUUAUUUAUUUUAAUUAUAUUUUUUACUUACACAAGAAAGAUUACCUACGUAAGCAUAAAUUUCACUAUAUUAAACAUAAAAAAUUAUCAUUUUUUUUAUUUUAUGCGAUGAUUUUGUCAAUUGAAAUGUAGCCCCUUAUUGAGAUAUCACUACAUCUGAUGGUUCAUAGGCUUUUAAAACUCUGACAUAAUAUCAAAAAAUUCCUCAAGCACUUACACAACGCAUCAUAGCAAUAUAUACAGCCUUUCUCUUGAUAAAAUUUAUCAUACCAUAUGUUCUUGAAUCAAUGUUAUAUGAGGUGUUUCAUUAUUUAAUAUUCAUCCACGCUUUGAAAAUAUGUACCACAUGGAUUCUUCUUCAACGUCUUGCUUGGUCAAACAAUGAUGUUGAGACAUAAGACUAUGAGGUGAUUUUUUUAUUUAAAAAACAUUAAAUAUAAUUUAAGUGAGAAAUGCGUGGAAUGCCUAAAAUAGGGAAAUACGUAUAUACCAUAUGGGACACGUUUUACGUGCACAAUAUUAUGAAGAGAACAAGAUAAAAUAAUCAUAAGCAAAAAUUAAAUGGGGUGAGAAGACAUGUAACUUGAAAACUAUUUUUCAUUUUAUGUAAAUAAAAAAAAUAAAUAUAUAUGACGAAUUAGUAGAAAGUGGCCUGAUUCUCACAAAGUUGUUCCAAUUAAAAGCCAGUGGAUUAAUAUGAAUGGGUGUGUGUUGGGUAUGAGGGCCCAAGGGACUUCAUUAUUUAGUAAAGUAACACAUAUUGAGCUUCCAAAUAAAAAGACCAAGUCAAAUAUGGAGGGUUUAUCUAAAUCAUUAUGAUAAUUAGAUAAACCAUCCAUUGACUUCUAGAUUGAUCAUAAAUUAAUUUAUGGAUAACUUUCAUUGCAUGUGUGAAUGCAUGAACACUCCAGGGGUUUGCAAGUGUUCUGUGCACCUGAGAGUCAAAAGAUUGUAAUUAAUACUUCCUUUGAAAAAACAUUGACUAUAAUUUUCUACAUUAUUUUGGUAAGAAAGAGAUUAAUGGCAAUAGAUAUUAUGGUCAAUUAUGUUAUUUAUUAUGGAGGUGGAAUUAAAAAUGGGAUCAUUAAUCUUUUCUAAAACCAUAAUCAUUAACCGACCUUAGCUCAGUUGGUAGAGCGGAGGACUGUAGUGGGUUAGACUCGUUCAGAUAAAUCCUUAGGUCGCUGGUUCGAAUCCGGCAGGUCGGAAUUAAGUUUUUAUUUUCAAUAAUUUGAAUCAUGUAUUAUAACGUUCAUAAUUAUCGCCUCACUAAUCUGUUCAAAAACCUGUAACUUUGACCUUUUAAGGGAGGAUGUGGUGCAUUAAUGGCUACAGCCAGCCACCUGGGCUGGCGGCGGCGGCGGCGCCGUCCCCAGCUUAGUUGCCAGCCAGGCGGUGAGCCUGAACGCGCAAAACAAUGAAGUCUUAAAUAAUUACGCUGACUGCCGUCCUCACGGGGCUAAAUCGUUCGCAGAAUAGCUUGGUUCCCUGCGGUGACCCGACUCGAGAUGUUCGGCCGACGACCUAAUCGGGACACGUGGCAGCACUGUCAGUCCCAUCCGCCCCCCGUUCAAUGUGUCAACCCCUCUGCCUCAGCAUGCAACCAACAACCACCGCCCCACCGGUCUUUCAAUGCUUACCUCUCCUUCUGCACUUACCUCCCCCCGUCUCUCUCUCACUCCAUAUCUCUGCCUUCCGCCGCCUGCAUAAAUAUGAGCCGUCGUCUCUUCCCUCUCCUCAACCCUCUCUCUCUCUCUCUGUUUCUCUCUCUUUCUAUGCGGGAUAUGGCGCCGGCUUUCUUUCAUGAGGCGGAGAAGACGGUCUGCGUGAUGGACGCCGGCGGAAGGGUCGGGGCGGCGCUGGUGAAGAAGCUCCUCCGGCGAGGUUACACCGUACAUGCCGCCACCCAAGGUCCCCUCGCUCUCUCUCUCUCUUCUCUUCUCUUUCUCUCUCUAUUUGCAGACGGUGGAGUUGAGUGAUCAAGCUGAUAAUGGUUCUGGUGGUGUGGGCAGGCGAUCGGUGGGGAGUGGCGAAGCUCGCCGGCGGCGGUGAGAGCGAGCGGCUGAAGGUCUUCAGGGCGGACCCGUUCGACUACCAGAGCCUCCUGGACGCCGUCAGGGGAUGCUCCGGCCUAUUCUACUCCUUCGAGCCCCCCCCGGAACAACCCAGCUACGACGUAAGCUUCUCAAACGAGAUGAAAUCAGUGGCGGAAGAGCGGAGAUACGGGAGGUUGCUUCAUGGUUCCCUCUCUUGUUGCAGGAGUACAUGGCGGAGGUGGAGGUGAUGGCGGCCCAGAACGUGCUCGAGGCCUGCGCGCAGACGGAGAUGGUGGAGCGCGUUGUGUACACCUCGUCGGUUACCGCCGUCGUCUGGCGCGAAAGCCGCCGCCUCGUCCCCGGCCUUGACGAGCGCGACUGGAGCGAUCCCCACUUCUGCCGCAAAUUCCGGGUACCCCCAUUAAUCCCCUCCCCCUUCCUCCUCUUCCUCCUCCUAUCUUCUGCAAGAUCGCCGGUUGUGGGCAGCGGAAUUGAAUGGCCGGCUGAUCUCCAUUAAUUCCACCUCCUCCAUCCAUCCUUCUUCAAUGGUUGAUGGCCUUGCUUGUACUGCAACAGCUGUGGCACGCGCUGGCGAAGACGCUAGCGGAGAAGGCAGCCUGGGCGCUGGCAAUGGACAGGGGGGUCGGCAUGGUCGCCAUUAACGGGGGCCUGCUGGCCGGGCCGGGGCUCUCUGUAGCCACCAGCCCUUACCUGAGAGGCGCCGCCGAGAUGUACGAAGACGGGCUACUGGUCACCGUUGAGGACGACUUUCUCGCCGACGCCCAUAUCUGCGCCUUCGAGGACCCCACCGCCUACGGCCGCUACCUCUGCUUCAACCGCGUCGUGUGCCGCCCCGAGGACGCCGCUGAGCUCGCCAAGAUGAUGGCCGUCCCCUGCCCGCCGCCCUCCAGCAGGUAAAAGAAUAAAACCUCCGAUCAAACCGGCAGGAGAAGAAAUGAGGGUAGAAUGGUGAAUAUGGUGACUUAUGUGGCCGUUUUUGUUUUGCUAUUCUUAGUGAGGACUUCAAGAUCGUGCGUCAGAGGAUCCAGGGGGAGAAGCUGAGCAAACUGAUGUUGGGAUUCGGAGGGGGGCUGGAAGCGGAGAUCGUCCAUUAGAUCUGUUUCGACGGCCAGGAUCGGUUUAGCGGGAGAUGCACGGGCCCCGUGCCAGCGCUUCGCACGGAGUUUCGGAGAAAAGUCUCUUCUUGAUUCCCUAGUUAUGGCGACCACGUGGGCAGAUUUGGACACGUCACGUCAGCACGAUGUGCCGCCGUCCGUUCCUUUUCUAGGGCUACAUUUGCAAAAAAAUGUUUUAUUAAUAUGAUUGCAUAUAUACAUUUUUUGUAUUAAUGUUGUCCCUCACGGAGUACAGUCAAACCCAGUCCCAAUCAGCCAGUCUGUGAACGUGUUCUACGAGACUGUGAGAAGGCGGGAAAUUACAAGUGUACCCUCACUCACUGCCAUAUUAUCAAAAAUCCUCGAGACGUGUAUGAUCGUGCGAUGCAAGACAAACUUAGGGGCUUUUCUGUACUUUAUUUCAGAAUCUUCCAGAAUGCGUCGGUCCGACUGUACGGAUGGCACUAGUGGGGAGAUAAAAAAUAAAAAAUACUAUAUCAUCCGGCAUUUGCCGACCUGUGCUAUAAUUCUGCAGGUAUAUAGCAUGAUUCUUGCUAUCCACGUGGCCGUCGGAUUAUUCGAAUCAUUAAAUAUCAGAAUACAUAUUAAUUAUAUAUCUUUAUUUAACCAUAUUUUAUAGGCAAACUUUCCGAAUAUAUUUAUACAUACUCUCUCUCUCUCUCUCCCUAAUGGGUACAUAUCGACAGGCCCAGGCCCAAAACACAUUUGUUGGGCUUCUCUCAGAGCGCAUGUCACUGGGCUCUCUCUAAUUGGGCUAUAGACGAGGGGAAGCCCACCGAUCACCACCGGUCCAGAAAUUAUAACCACAUUUGGAAAAAAAAGAAAGAAAAAAAGGGGGGAACGUUGAUCAUAAAAUGGACGUCGGGUGUAUUUUUUAAAUAUGUAAAAUAACUGAGUUUUAUUAAAAUAAUUUAACCAGAGGGGAGUGGCAUCCGAUGGGAAGGACAGAUUUUGAUGGGGAGAGAUGCGACCUUCAAUUAAGCAGAAAAUUCUGUCUGGCUUUGGGUUGACCAGCGGAGAUCAGCUGAGAUGGGAGGUCGGAAGGACUCGACGUUGACCUUUGUCGGUCAGACACAGUCUACGUCGGGCUAUCCCGCUUAUUAAUAAUCAGUUUGACCUUGAGUGGAGCGCUUAAAGGAUUCUCCGUUGAGAUCAAGCUGGCGUCCUGUUCUGCCGUUCUGGGCCAGAUGACAGAUCACAGGCCCUCUAAUUUGAGCCGGCCGAGGAGAGUUGAGACCGGUCAACGGACCAGGAAGAGGAGAUUGAAUCCCAGCCGGACGAUCUUCAGCUGGCAGCGGACCUGUCUUUGGGAGGAAGGCCUCCUACGGGGGGCGGUCAUGGCGGGCCGGUCAGUCGCCGUUCACUUCUCCGACUUUUCUGCCUAAAGCGCCGUGUCCCUCUGUAACUUUCUUCCUUCUCUCUCCUUCAACCAUUCUCUCUCUCUCUCUCUCCCUUCCUCCCUGUUCCAUUUUUUGAAAGAAAAAGACGUGCGAGCGAGCAACCGAGAAAGACACAGCGAAGAGAGAGAGAGAGAGAGAGAGAGAGAGAGAGCGGGCGGUGCCACUCCCUUACUCCCCCGGCUGUCCCUCGUGGUGGGUACUACUGACGUAGAGAGGCAGAGAGAGAGAGAGAAAGGAGGAGGUUGGAGGCCGCCGGCUGAGGAUCCAGUAGAUAUUAUCAUCCCCUUGGACUGGUCUCCCUCCGCUAGGUUCUUCUCUGGUUCUUCCUCGGAAGGUCCCCCCCGGCGGCGCUGCUUCCUUUCCCUUCGAGGAUCUCCAAGAUCACGCUUUGGGUCUUCCCAGUCCUCCGGUCUGCUCUCGGCCCGCCGCCGGGGCGCCUCCAUUGAAGCCCUAACAGAGUCGCCGGCGGAAGAUGCUCCCCACCAGAUCCAAGUGAGUACCUCCUCCUCAGAUCCGCUCCAACCCGCUCAUCUCCUCCGGCAUUCACGCGGUUCUCCCUCCUGAUCCGCAUUUAGGUUUUUGCUUCCAUUGCUGUUCGUCUUUCCCUUCUGCAAUUGCCUCUUCCUCCCAUUGAUCAAGCCUCCGGCGAUCUCUUCUUCUCCGGGGGAUUAGGGUUCUUCCGGCAAUCACCGGAGCAGCCUGAUUCUUCCGAUCGCUCCUCUGGUUGAUGCUUCCCGAUGAAUGUUCGAUGAACUGGUUCCGGUUGCAGGUCCGGCUUGCCGGAGACCCCGAACAGCAAGACCUCGCCGGGGAGCUUGAGCAGAUCCGGGCUGUCGGAGGCCUCGAACAAGGCGGCGCCGCCGGCGACCCCCAGAGUCAGCAAGCUGGCCAGAACGCCGUCCAAGUCGGAGCCCGAGUCGCCGCUGCGCCCUUCCAUCGACCGCUCGCCGAAGUCGCUGGAGCGGAGAUCGCCGAAAGGCAGCACGCCCCCCGAUGUAG